CUUUAUUAUAUCUCGUUUCGUUAUCACUAUCUACUUCUAUAUACUAUCUUUUCGUAAAAAGAAGCUUAUCUAACUCUAUUCUAAAUAUCGAUAUUUCUCUUGGCUAGACAAAAGUAUUAUAUAAUAAGCUCGAUAGAUGGUAAGAGGUAAAAUCCUUCAAGAUUGACGACCAAGUUCAUUUCCUUUUUUGCAACCUUUUCAGAGGAAGAUGUGGAUCUCUCAUCUAUAUCGUCAAUCUGGACCUCUUCGUAGGUUGAAUAAUUUCGCUUGGCAUCAAGUUUUACGCCUGUUUACCGAAUUAAAGAUUUACCUUUAUUCUAUCACUGCUGCCUCAAGUCAAGUAGUAAGUAGUAGUAUCGCCAAUUUCGGUCUAAUGAUCAUCAAAGAGAUGGGUUAUGAAGGUGUAAAGACUAACCUUCUAAGCGCUGGUCCAUUAGCACUUUCCGUUUUCAUCAUGUUAAUCUGUGCAGUUUUGGUAGAUCGAAAAGGGAUGAGAUCUUUAUUGCUUUUGCCGUGUUUGUCGUUGAUCACCAUUGGCCAAUUUUUGAUCUUUUUCGAUAUUCAUUCGAAAAGCGUUACUUAUGGUGCUAUGUAUCUAAUCGCCGGCUUCAGUGGUCCUUGUAAUACCUUAAUAACAGUAUGGUGCGCCGGAAAUAUCGGACCGCAAUACACAAAGAUGGCGACUUUGGCUCUUUGUCUAUUGAGCCACACGUCUGUAACGUUAAUCAGUGUUGAUCUGUAUCCUCCAACUGAUGCCCUUUUGUUUUGGCAUGCUCAUUUAGCGGGAUUGAUUUAUAUUGUCAUCGCAAUUGUUUCUGCUUCUUUGUUGACGUUGGUAUUGUGAUUUGAGAAUCAUAAGAGAGCCUUUUGGCUGGAAUAUCGUACGGUCCCAAGCAAAGAACAUUUUCCGAUUUAGUAAACGAUUUACCUUUGAUCGAGACUGAAGGAGAUCAAGCCUCAACCGGAUCAAGUCAAACUGAUGGCACUU